AAUCAGCAAGAACAAGGAAAGCAUCAUGGUGGUGUCAUCGACGGCAAAUGAUCCCGGCGAGUCACUGCACGCCACGUUCGGCUCAAGAUACGUUCGUAGCUCGCUCCCAAGGUUCAAAUUGCCGGAGAAUUCGAUACCAAGGGAGGCAGCAUACCAGAUCAUAAGUGAUGAACUGAUGCUGGAUGGAAACCCUAGAUUGAAUCUUGCUUCAUUUGUGACGACAUGGAUGGAGCCUGAAUGUGACAGGCUCAUCAUGUCUGCGAUCAACAAGAAUUAUGUCGAUAUGGAUGAGUAUCCUGUUACUACUGAGCUCCAGAAUCGGUGUGUGAAUAUGAUUGCCCACCUUUUUAAUGCUCCUAUUGGAGGGAAAGAAACUGCAGUAGGAGUUGGAACUGUGGGAUCAUCAGAAGCAAUAAUGUUAGCAGGACUGGCAUUCAAACGAAAAUGGCAGAACAAAAGAAAGGCUGAGGGAAAGCCUUACGACAAACCCAACAUUGUCGUCGGUGCUAAUCUUCAGGUAUGUUGGGAGAAAUUUGCUAGGUAUUUUGAAGUUGAGUUGAAGGAAGUGAAUCUGAGGGAAGGUCUUUAUAUAAUGGAUCCCGUGAACGCUGUGGAGAUGGUAGAUGGCAAUACGAUAUGUGUUGUUGCCACCUUCGGUUCAACUCUCACCGGAGAGUUUGAAGAUGUCAAGAAAAUCAAUGAGCUCCUUGUGGAGAAGAAUAAGGAAACUGGGUGGGAUACCCCAAUUCAUGUAGACGCCGCAAGCGGUGGAUUCAUAGCCCCUUUCCUAUAUCCCGAACUUGAAUGGGACUUUAGGUUACCACUAGUAAAGAGUAUCAAUGUCAGCGGUCACAAGUACGGUCUUGUUUAUGCUGGUGUUGGUUGGGUUGUUUGGAGGAACAAAGAUGAUUUGCCUGAAGAGCUCAUUUUUCAUAUCAACUAUCUCGGAGCAGAUCAACCUACUUUCACUCUUAACUUCUCAAAGGGUAAUAUACAUCGGUUUUUGAUUCUUGCAGGUUCUAGUCAGAUAAUUGCUCAAUACUAUCAGUUCAUACGCUUGGGGUUUGAGGGUUACAAAGACAUCAUUGUGAACUGUAUGGACAACGCGAAGUCACUGAGACAAGGCAUAGAAGAAACAGGAAAAUUCGAAGUCCUCUCCAAAGACUCCGGUGUCCCUGUCGUCGCCUUCGCCCUCAAAAGCACAAGCGAACAUACUGUAUUUGAAAUAUCUGAGAAUAUGAGGAGGUUCGGAUGGAUAAUCCCAGCCUAUACGAUGCCACCUGAUGCUGAGCAUGUGGCUGUACUUCGAGUGGUGAUAAGAGAGGAUUUCUGCAGGAGCCUCGCUGAGCGACUUGUCUCCGACCUCAGGAAGGUCUUGGUCGAUGCAGAAGGAGUACAGGCCGAUGAUGGUGGAUCAGAGAAGAAGGCAAAGUAUUGGAGGAGAGUGGUUGACAGGAAGAAGACCAGUGGCGUUUGUUGACGUGUUUCUUGUUGAAGUAUGGUGUAUAAGUUCAUCUGUGUAAUUAUAAGUGUGUAUGGUGUUGAACUAUGCAAGA